UCUUUGGAUUCUCAGAAUCUGAUUUCUUCACUAUUCAAAAUUCAAAUCUUGUCUGGUCUUAGAAUCAGUUUUUCGAAUGCUUCUCUUUCUGGUAUUAUGGAGACGAAGAAGAUACUGCACCGAAAGCUUUCCGAUGACCAGAAGAAGAAGAAGAAGACGACUAUUAUGAGCCCUCGCAGUCCCUUGCAGGAUCUCAAUGGCGCCACCGGAAGCAUCAGUUCCAGUUCAAGUAGCUCCAGAGGUGGCGUCGCUUCUUCUUCUUCUUCGUCUUCUUCAUCUUUAUCUACUGAAGCUCCAAUCGGCAUUCACCGCUUAUUCAAUUCAAGUUCUUCUACCUCCGGAAAUGUUCGAAAGCCCCGAAGGCUCCCCGCAACAACAACCACGGGAGAUUCUCCUUCAUGUUUUAGAUCUAAUAGAUCUAAUAAGGAGAAUCUGCCUAAACAAGUGAAAUUGACAAAUGUGAAGACGAAUCCUCUCAAGAAUAAUUCCAGUAUCGCCGCCUCGAAGCAAAAGAUUUCAGCAGAUCUCCGAAGAAAACCGGAUCUGUUGAAAGCGGUGAAGACAGGUAACGAAUCAGGUGUUGGUGCUGUGGAACAUACUUCUACUCCGACCGGUAAGGUAGCAUGUCUAGGUUCAAGUGGUCAAUCUGGUAAUAAAGUAGUAAAAUUUGUGGAGGAGGGUUCAAUCUCAGAACCUAACAAUACACCUCCUAUUCAACAAUCGGUGUCGCCAGAGAUUCAAGGUGGAUCGUCAAUUUCCUUCAAUGCAGCGGCGACGCCUGCGUGCUAUGGUACUGGGCAUUUACUUUCAGGUGUUACUGACAGGAGAAAAUGUAGAGCAAGAGGAAUUCUAGCUGUUGGAAGAUAUGAUCCAGGUUGUAGCAAUAGCAUCAACACUGCUGAUCUUCAUGAAUUUUCUAGUUCAUCUUUGGUUCUGGAGCCUCUUGAAGCUUCAAUGCGAUGGCUCUGUUGCGACGAGGAAAUUGGAGAACAGAAAAAGGAUGUAUCUGGUUUGCCUUCUCCCUCUUCACCUUCAUCGAAUCAAACUAGGGUUCCUUCCCUUUCUGGUGAUGAUCAAGUGGUUGAACAUUUCUCAGUAAAGGAUUCUUCCCCUGCUACAGCUAUCCGUGAGGUGGUUACUACUUCUCAAGAGAGAAGGGCGAAACAAUAUGAUUUUCUUCAUGAGGGAAAUAAUUGGUCCCCAUUUUCAUUUGAUUCAUUGGGUAGUGAGAAUGUGAUUCAAACCCCGGAAUCAGAUUCAAUCUCUAAUCAUUGUAAAGGGGUAUCAUUAAUUUGUUUUGAUUCACUUAGUCCGCAUGGAGAUUAUCAUUAUCCAGAAAUUCAAUCACUUGAGGUUCUUGUUAGGGAAAACUUCUCUCCCUCUCCCUCUCCCACUCCCUCUUCAGAGGAGGGUAUAUUAUUACCUUUGGAUUAUGAUUCAAGUUUCCAGUUUUCUUGCCCAAUUUUGUCUGGCAAUUCCGUUGAGCACUCCCAACAACUUCCCAGUACAGAGGAAAGUUCUUCAUCUCAGGCAAGCAUAUUACUGAAGUAUGGUCUGACUCUGACCAGUGGAACUACAGAUACUGAUGAUCCAGACUGCUGCAGAUGUUUCUCAGAUGAUGAAGACGAUAACUAUGUUAACAGGAAGUAAGAUUUUCCUGAAUCUGUUUGCAGAUUCCGUGUUUGAAAUCAUUGAUUGCUGAUGAAGAAGUUCCAAACAACAUAGCUAGUGUAGUUUUCUAACCCAUCCAUCAGUUCGAAUCAAGCCCCAUGUAAGUCUGUGUCUGUUUUCAUCAUAUGAUUACAGCAUGUUCAAUAAAUUAUUGUCUAGGUCUUUUUUUCUCAAGGGAAGAAAACCCUUGUCUCAAAAGAAUAUUAAAAAUUGUUGUUUAGGUGUUGUUUC